GCAGCAUCCACCAGGUUCCGUCUUUCUGAGUCCCGCGCUCGCACCCACCUGCUCAUCUCUCCCUCUCUCGCUCCGUCUCUCUCUCUCUCUCUCUCUCUCCCUUUCGCGCACUGUCUCGCUCGGCCCGACCAGAACCGACGGAGCACAGACCGUUCAGCGUCCUCUCGGAGAAAAGCGGCACACGCACGCACACACACACACACACGCACGCACGCAGUGCGAACACGCAGAGCGAACGCACACGCAGAAACGCUUCCAGCGCCAGCCGAUCGCCCAGGGGAAGAGCCGGUAGCCGCAGCCCAGGAUGGAUGUACUUAUGAAAGGCUUUUCCAUGGCCAAGGAGGGGGUGGUAGCCGCCGCAGAGAAGACCAAAGCCGGGGUGGAGGAGGCUGCAGCCAAAACCAAGGAAGGGGUCAUGUAUGUAGGCUCAAAGACAAAGGAAGGCAUGGUGUCGGGUGUAAAUACAGUGGCCAAUAGGACCACCGAGCAGGCCAACAUAGUGGGGGAAACGGCGGUCACCAGCGCCAACGAUCUGUCCCAGAAAACCGUGGAGGGGGUGGAGAACGUGGCGGCGUCGACCGGCCUGGUUAACCCGGAGGAAGCCGCAUACGAGGGUGACUACUCUCACGGUGGAGCCAUGGACCAAGGUGGGGAUGGAGGCGAGGGGUAUUAGUCCUGCGUCCAGGGAUCAAUUGCAUUGACCCCCACGUCCCCCGCCCUUCGCCAGCAGGAGUCCCCUCCCACCUUGCCUCACCCCUCCAAGACAACAGAUGUUACUAAUAUUUUUUUGUGAUAUUAUGGAAAAGAUCCCAGUCCCCACAUAUUCCUGCUCAGCGUCAUGUAGCUUUCCCACCCACGUCUUCUGAUAUUGAUGUCUCAACGCCUCAUUUACUGCACACACCAAUGUCAACAUCACACUUACCCCCUCACGUGCACGCACACACACGUACAUGCCUAAAUACACGCACACUCACACAGAUACACACACACACACAGACACACGCAGACGCACAUGUGCACACACGGACAUGCACACGUGCACACAUGCUCAAACACACACAUCCAGACACACACACACACACACACAAACAAACACAUACACAAACACACACAAUUCUGUACAGUACAUGGACACACACACCCAUACAAACUUUCCCCUUGGCAGGGAAUAACUCCACUUGUUUUGAGACAGCUGGGAAAUAAAGAGAAUAGUGACAAUGGUACUGUACAGGAGUCACUGAGCAGUGAGUUGAGUCAGGCGAAAAGCAGGGGCUUCCGUAUUUAGUGAUAAGAAGGCUGAUGUACAUUCAUGACAACUAAUAUUUGACUUAUCCAGUAAUAAUAGUUGUAAUUACUGUGUAUUCGUUUGCAUAACUGUACUGAUUGAGAGCUCCUUAACUGAUGUCUGCACCCUCAAUGCCCAAAAUACCAUCCCCCAGCAAUCCAACCGUCACCCCUCUCACACCUCCCACACGACCCCCAAAUUAAAUCCCGUUCAGGGGCCGAGGAGCAAGGAGGUCAGUCGAGUAGGUAACCUGUGUGCAUCUCAGUUUUGCUCCUCGUAGCAGAUGAGAGGGUAACUCUUGUCAGAGGCAGGUAUUUUACCCCACCAAUGCUGUUACCCUGUUACUCAUAAGAGGAAUACUCAGAAGAAAUGACGUGUUCUGCGUAGCAGGGUUGUGCCUGUCCAUCUGACGGAGAAUGAGAGAGGAAGGAAAGGACUGACAUUGACAUGGGUCCAUUACAACCAAUAGCGUCUUUAGAAACAAAAUUUAAAAAAACAGCAUUGCUCCAAUAACCAUUCGGGAUCCAUGAAGUAACUGAGCAGAAGGGUCUAUGAUGAGGUGGUGAUGUAAGCUGCCAAGGGGGUAUGCUGGGAUGGCUGUAUGUUUGACCCUACAGAAGAAAGACCUUUUCCAUCCCAAUGUCUAACUGCCAUCUCAGCCACCUCCCCACCCUCCCGUCCUCCCUGUGACCCCCGUGACCCCUGUCACUCAACACUGUGUUCCGCCCCUCACCCAGUCUUGUGUUUGCUUUAGGUGACUAGAACAGGUCUUUUUGAACAUUGCAGAGUUGUUUUGUUGAAACCAUUGGAAACUAAAGACUGCAUGUUGCCUUACAGUGUCAGCGCUCACAUAACACGUACAAACACACGCUCACACGCUCACAUGAACACAAACACUCCUUCAUUUGCACGUGUGCUGUCGCCUGAGCCUGGGUCAUGGCUGAAUAUCAGCUUAUCUAUCCCGGGCAUAAAUGAAGCAUCCUCCUAAAGAAAAUACAUCGGGGGAAAAAAACAGCAAUAAUGAUAUUGUUUAUGCCUCACUUCCCAUCAGGAUUACAGUACGAAGCUGUAAAGUUCUUAGUCUUGUAAUUGCCAAAGGUGUGUUUAUAGAUAAUUUGGGAUUUGUACUGCCCCCAUAUGGUCUAACGGUAGUUACAGAAAUUGCAGUUAUAGGACAAGCUUUAAUUACACAUAUGCCUUGUUAUUUUUGUAUCAGCAGGUUCCAGCAGGGCAGGAUUAGGCAGGUACUCUGGGGGUCUCUUAAGCAAGGAGGUGAAAAUUAAGAUGUAGACAAGGGCCUGUGUCUCACCUUUGGUAAAUCUGUAAAACCGAGUUGGGGAACACUCAGAUCAGCAUCCUUCUUUUGGACCUCCCCUUUUAAGUUAAUCCUUGACCCAGUCAUUUCAGUUCCAGCAGCAAACCUGCAGGAAACAACCCCUUUUCUCUGCACCAACUUACAAAUUAUGGUGCCUCCAAAUAUUUCCAUCACCAAUUAUCAUACCCAAUAUAUCUCUUUGCGUGUCUGUUUUCUCAGUGUCCUGCAUAAAUGGUGAGGGACAGAAGCAUUUUGUUUUGAACAAGCUCCAUUCCCUCCCAGGGAUCUUCUAAAACAUUGUCGCAUCCUUUGGAUACUUGCCCAUGGUUCACCUUUGCCUAUUGUUUUGUCAGUGUGAAUAAGGCAGUUAUCCUAAGCAUUCUGUACAAGUGUGGCUAAACUAUGAGCAGUAGCCAACUAGCCAAUGUUUAAUGUCGAAUGUAGCAAGACAUGCUGAUUUACCUAGCCAUGCAUCUGCAGAAUCAAGCAUAGGCGCAGCACACACACACACAUACACACACACACACACACACAAACACGUGCAAAUACGUACACACACGCAUUCACUCAUUCACAGAUGUGCACCAUGUUUGAGUUGGCAUCGAAGCAGACAAGCUGAUUUUAUAAACUGUAAAAGUGAAAUAAAGGCAGUUUUGGUGAAAUCCAGA